UUUUGUCUGUUUUUAGUGCAUAUUAAACACUUUUUUAAUGUUAAAUGUAAAUUCAUAGCUCUGCUAAUAACCAUAAAAAAAACCAAAAUAUUUUGAGGGGCAGGUAUUUGCAGAAUACGGAACUCACAAAACAUCUGCGUACCUAUACGUCGUUAUGUUUCGUCAAAAAUCGAUAUUAGGUACCGACGGUACCGUAUAAUACGGGGAUUAUGAAGUACAUCUGUUAUAAUUCACUAAUUCAGACUGAAAUUUUGGUUGUGAUAUUUAGUGUUUCAUUUCACCAAUGAAUUGUUUUAAAUGAAUACAACGUGAUUUUUAAACCAAUGUUUCAAUUCACCUCAUUUUACGGUACGUUUAAGAUAAACGAUCAAAAUAAUUAAAUGUUAUUAAUUUGGCCACACACACAACUUCUUUCUAACACCAUGGAUUUAUUUGAGACUUGGGAAGAUCAAGAAAUCCAAUUUGAUUUAAGUAUUAGCAAAGCGUUGAAGAUGAGAAACGGAGAAAAAAUAAUAGAUCGUUUAGAAUUUAUUGAAGAUACAAAAGGAAAUAGUGGUGAUAAAGGUGUACUUGUUAUUACAAAUUUGAGAACAAUCUGGCAUUCAAUGACUUUAGCAAGAAUAAGCUUAUCUAUUGGUUACAAUUGUAUACAGGAUGUUUCUACAAGGAUUGUUAACUCGAGAUUAAAAGGAAUAACAGAAGCAAUUUAUAUUCAAGCCAAAUACAAUGGAUUGAGAUAUGAAUUUGUUUUCACAAAUCUGAUACCUGGUAAUACAAGGCAUUUCACAUCAUUUAUUGGAGUUUUCAAAGCUUAUAAUUCCAGUAGACUUUAUCGAGAAUUAAAACUUAGGGGGGCAAUAUUGAAGAAUGGACGUUUAAGGCUAUUGAUGUUCGAAAAAAUGUAUUCAACCGUUAAUGGCGUAUGGAAUUUAUCUAGCGAACAAGGAAAUUUGGGAACAUUUAUAAUAACAAAUAUUCGAUUAGUGUGGUAUGCAGAAAGUAAUGAGACAUUCAAUAUAUCGCUUCCAUACAUUCAUAUAAAUUCUAUAAAAAUUAGGGAAUCCAAGUUUGGUGAAGUGUUAGUGAUAGAAACAAAUGGUUACAGUGGAGGUUUUACACUUGGAUUUCGAAUAGAUCCCAAGGACCGAUUACGAUCAGUUACUAAAGAACUAUCAUCAUUGUUUCGUAUUCAUGCUCAAGCGCCAGAAUUUGGAGUACAUUUCGUUACUACAGAUCAGAUAGAAAAUAAUGAACCCAUUCUAACACCACCAACCCUCUCAAAUUAUGAUGAAUUUGAAGACGAGAAUACAAUAGGUGUUUCAAAUACUUUAGCUGCAUAUAGUGUAAGUAAGACGGGUAAAGAAGAUGGACUACCACAGUAUGAUUCUGCAAUAGGUUUAGCAAUUGAAACAUUGCCAGAAGGUUAUACAAUGGCAUCUUUGUGGGAAGUUAUACCAAGUACCAAUAAUAAAUAA